GAAAUUUCAGGCCGCGUUAGUUCAUUCUGGUAUAUUCGGCCAGGUGGCGCUUAUAUCACUUUAACGGUCAGAACUUAGAUUUGUGAUCAGAACGUGAUAUAUAUUACGGAUAUCUCUUGUGAAGAUUUUUAAUUUACAAUAGAAAAAAAGAAAUUGGUAUAAAGUGCGUGUGGAACGUGUAUAAAGAAUAUCAACAAUAUUGUCUGAUAAGUUUGCAGUUUUCAAUUUUAAUCAUAGUUGAAUGGAUUUGUAUUGUACAACAGCAAAAUACAACAGCAAAAUUAAAGGAGGAUUUAUCGACUCACAAAUUGGUCCGCUACAAAUACCAAACAAAGCAGGAUAUGAUACAGCAAUAGUUUUAGAUUUUUUUAACGAAGUUUUUGAUUCCAUUAACGCACACACUUUGCGUCCAGAAACUCCUUUACGUGUUGCAGUAACUGAAAAUAGCAAACAUCAUGAUUUUUGGCCAUAUGCUAUUAAAUUAUUAUCCAACAUGCGGUAUGUAACAAAUAUGAUAUUGACACAAGCAAUUGAACUUUAUAAAAAGAAGCAAAGUCGAUAUAAAAAAAUAUUAAAAAUAUAAAUAUUAUAUUUUAUAGCUUUAAUAGCACGUUAUUUGUUCUUAAGUUCUGUCAAUACAUGUUUCUAAGCAUGUUUUUAAAAAUAAAAAUAUUAUAUAGAAUA